AUGGACCCUCUCACUGCUCUCGGCCUGGCAAGCAAUAUCGUCCAGUUUGUUGAUUUCACAAGCAAACUUAUAUCGACCACUCAGAAGUUAUACGUUUCAUCGUCUGGUGCGAAGGAUGAGCACCUAGAGCUGGAAAUUCUUGCUCGAAAUAUCCAAGACCUGGCUGAACACGCCAAAUCUAGACUCGGCGGCGUUUCUGAACCCGCCAUACUUUCGAUAGAGGACGGCACACUCCUUGAUCUAAGUGAUCAGUGUAUCGAGGUGUCAAACCAGCUCUUGUAUUUGCUUGAGAGUGUCAAAGUAAAAGGUCAGCGUAGAGGCUGGGACAGUUUCCAUCAAGCUCUGAGAAGUGAAUGGAAAAAAGAGGAUAUCAAAGCGCUUCAACAAAGACUGGAUCGAAUUAGCAAUCACCUGAAUACUCGCUCCUUACUCAACAAACAAGACGACGUGACCACCAAAAUUAAGCUGCUUACUGUGCAGAAUCGACGCCUGGAAGCCAGCAGGACCAGGGAAAUCAAAGAUCUAGGGGACGGCUUCGACGGAAUCUUCAAUGAGAUCAAAAAAGAAGGCUCUAGAAACAGAGCGGCGUUAAGACAGCUUUCUCUUGCAGCAGAAAAAGGCCUGGGAUAUGCUUCUGAGCAGGCUCUUCUAGAAUUCAUCCGCUUCGAUACCAUCGAGGAUCGACAAAUUGCGGUUCGAGAAGCUCAUCACGAGACGUUCUCAUGGAUUUUCCGCAGUUCAGCAUCAGAGGGCUGUCAGAGUGAUGAGAAUUUUGCUGAUUGGCUGGCAUCGGAAUCAAAUAUUUUUUGGAUUUCGGGUAAACCAGGAUCGGGAAAGUCAACUCUGAUGAAGUAUAUUUGUGAGCACGAGGACACACGAGAGAUCUUGGAACGCUGGGCGAAAGCAAAGGGACAACAACUUUGUAUUGCAAAUUUCUUCUUUUGGAACUCAGGUAGACAGACUUUGCAAAGGUCUCAGGAGGGGCUUCUUCGUUCAAUAUUAUACCAGAUUCUGCGUCAAUGUCCGGAUCUCAUUCCCUUCGCAACACCUAGCCUCAGCCAUGGGGAAGGUUCAAGCCUUCAAUUUGACGAGACUUUGACGACGACAAAGCUCCUAGGCGCAUUCCAAGGCAUUUCGACCCACAUAGCCACGGCCAAGGUCAAAUUCUGCUUCUUCAUUGAUGGGCUGGACGAGUACGAAGGAAAGCCAGGCGACAUAAUCCGGUUGAUUGAGCUUCUUAAAUCGACGCUGCAAGUCAAAAUUUGUGUGUCUAGCCGGCCUUGGAAUGAGUUCGAGAAAGAUUUCGGUCAAGAUAAGUCCAAGAAGCUCUACAUGCAGGACUUGACAAGAGGAGAUAUCGAGUUAUAUGUCCGAGACAUACUCGAGAAUGACGUUGGUUUCCAAGAGUUGAAGCAGAGGGACAGUCAUUGUCUUGAUCUUAUUCAGAACGUUGUUGAUGCAGCAAAAGGCGUAUUUUUAUGGGUCUUUCUCGUUGUCCGAUCACUUCUAGAAGGUCUCACCAAUGCGGACAGGAUUGUUGACUUGCAACGAAGACUUCGACUUCUGCCUACCGACCUCAACGAAUACUUUGAGCGCAUACUCUUCACAGUCGAUAACUUCUACAGAAAACAGACCGCCCAGAUGUUUCGAGUUACUUUGGCGGCAUAUGAUCCACUGCCAUCUCUCUGCUACUGGUUCAUCGAUCAAGAAGAUUCUUCUCUUAUGGAGAAGCUAGAGGUGGGGCCUUUGAGCAAGGAGAUCACCAGUGACCGCUUGAAACAAAUUCAGAAAAGGCUCAACGCAUGCGGCAAAGGUCUUCUGGAGGCCCAAACCAUAAGUCCUGAGUACCUUAAGGUGGACUUCCUCCAUCGAACGGUCCGUGACUUCCUUCUCCUUCCUGAAAUGCAGCAAAUGUUAGACAAAUGGGCUGGCGAAGGAUUCGAUGCAAAUGUUGCCAUUUGUGAAGCCACUGUAUGCUUGGUCAAAACCACACCACAAGACUAUGACCAUUUAAGGCCCACUGGCCCAAUAUCUGACCUCUUGGACACCUUUUUCUAUCAUAUAGAGGUGCUAGAGGAGGAUACCAAAUAUCCUAUCACGAUAGAAGUUCGACUUCUUGACGAGCUUGAUAAAGCGCUUAAACAAUAUUCAGAGGCGUUCGAUUCAGAUAUGUUCCAUUUAACGUGUUCAGCCCUGUCCGGUAGGUGGAGGUAUGAACCCUAUUCGGAUGGCGAUCUUUCGGUGUUGGAUGCAGCUGUUCAGAUUGGGCUUCGCCGUUAUGUCUUGGUAAAGUUAGAACGUCACUCUUUAUCGACUUCGAGACAAGCCAACCUACUCCUUACUGCGCUACGUAGAAAUAGAGCCCCUGCAACGCAAAUGGUCUCGCUCCUCCUUCAGAGAGGUUUCGAUCCGAAUUUGCCCUUCGAUCAAGAGAUCGGGCAUAUGAAUCCUACAGUCUGGACAUUUUUCUUGGGGAAGCAGUGGGAAAACCAAACCCCUGACAACUUUUUUCAUGUCACCAAAGACUUGUUGAUGCAUGGCGCGGAUGCCAACGCGAGUUUAAUUAUUGGUGGGAAGGUUAUUACGGCGGCUGAGCGUGUCAAAUUGCUUUUAUCAGCAGAUGAAGCCAGAGAACUGGAACCUUUUCUGAACCCGAGACCGAAAGCAGUGCAAAAAACCAGGGGUCAUGAGAGCAGACGGAAGCGCUUUAUCAAGUCCGUGUUUGGGCGGAGGGAGAGAAAAUGA